ACUGUGAACUUUUGUAUAAAUUAUUUCAAAAAAAUAAUUCCACUCAUGGCUUCAAACAGUUCAAGUGACAUUGAAACAAGUCACAAUCAAUUUAAUGUAUCGACUGUUUCUGAAUUCGGGUUGGAAAAUGGGACAGAAUCGAACGUUGUCAGUUACGACGAAAUUCUAGGAAAAUUAGGGCAGAUGGGUAAAUUUCAACUCAAGACAUUUCUAUGGCUCUGUCUACCGGCUUUCUUCCCAGGCAUAGUCAUCAUGUCGUACACUUUCACCGGAGCAACACCAAAUUACAGAUGCUUUGUGCAAGUCUGUGAUAGUGACAAGAUGACGACACAUUUUUCUACAAGAAAUUUGUCUUCGCAAAACCAGACGAUUGCGUUGGAUAGUAAAAAGGAUGGGUGCAACUUUGAUAAUAAUUCUUGGACUAAUGCUCGCCAAUGUAAUUUUAAAAAUUCAUCCGACGGCACCUUCCUAGAAAAAUGUGAUCGUUGGGUUUACGACAGGUCUAUGUUUCAUUCCACCAUCGUCAGUGAUUUUGAUUUAACUUGCGAAAAUGAAUGGAAACAAACUGUUGCCAGCAGUCUUUUCAUGUUUGGGAUGUUGAUUGGAGCAGUCACCAUUGGCUUUAUAGGAGACACUAUUGGGAGAAGGAAAACAUUCACUUUGAACAUAUUUGUCCUGGCGCUAAUCACAACUGCGACGGCAUUUUCACCCGACUGGAUCACUUUCUGUGUGAUGAGAUUCUUUUCCGGAAUCGGUGCGUGUGGCCACUUCCUCAUCAUCUUCGUCUGGGGAGUUGAAGCGGUCGGGAAACGGUACAGGAUCGCUUGCGGAUUCAUCUACCAAAUAGUUUACGCAACAGGAUCUGCCUGUCUGGGACUAGUGGCCUAUUUUGUGCGAGAUUGGAGAGUACUUCAGCUUGUCAUUAGCGUUCCCAUGUUUGGUCUGACAGCUCUAUUUUGGAUUUUACCGGAGUCGAUUCGAUGGUUGAUAACCAAGAAAAAUUUUCCUAAAGUUAAAAAGCUUCUCUUGCAAGCUGCCGAUUUGAAUGGGGUCCGUGACAUUUCCGACAGCAUAUUUACUCUUGAUGGGGAACAAUUUAAAUGGAAACAGUUAGUAUGUUAUCUUGAUUGUUACAAUUAAUAACUAAAAAUAAAGCACAAUAACUAACGGCUCCC